UGUUUGGAGAACGGGGUCGCGCAGAACCCCCGGCGGCCCGGUGGGGGCGCAGGCGACGAGGGCUACCUACGGGCAGGCAGCCUCCACGAGGAGGAGCUGGGCAUCCCAGGCCCAUGCAGACGCCCCGGGCGCCCUCCGCGACCAGGCUGCCACUCACUGACUGGCAUGCGGGCAAGGCGGUGGCAGCGACUUAACCGAUGUUGGGUUUGGUGGUAGUGGUGGUGAGGGCAGGUAGGGCCAUUGCCCAUUUUGGCCAAGGGUCACACAGCAUUUACAUCACAAUUGGUCCGUAGUUUAAAAAUGUCUGACCCUCUCCCUCUCCACCACCCGCGGCUGUGUCCAGACGGAGAAUGUUCUAGCGCUGGGGGCGGCUGUGGAUGAAGUCCUUGGGGGGAAAAGGAGCAGGCCAAGGGCGAUGGUGGAGUAGAGCUGCCUCGCAGAGGCAGCAUGAGCUGAGAGGGUGAUAGGAAGGAAGGAGGCGCUAGACAGCAUGGAGGACUUUCUGCUCUCCAAUGGGUACCAGCUGGGCAAGACCAUUGGGGAAGGGACCUACUCAAAAGUCAAAGAAGCAUUUUCCAAAAAACACCAAAGAAAAGUGGCAAUUAAAAUUAUAGACAAGAUGGGAGGGCCAGAAGAGUUUAUCCAGAGAUUCCUGCCUCGGGAGCUCCAGAUUGUCCGAACCCUGGACCACAAGAACAUCAUCCGGGUGUAUGAGAUGCUGGAGUCUGCAGAUGGGAAAAUCUACCUGGUGAUGGAACUGGCUGAGGGAGGGGAUGUCUUUGACUGCGUGCUGAAUGGGGGGCCACUGCCUGAGAGCAGGGCCAAGGCCCUCUUCCGCCAGAUGGUCGAGGCCAUCCGCUACUGCCAUGGCUGUGGUGUGGCCCACCGGGACCUCAAAUGUGAGAACGCCUUGUUGCAGGGCUUCAACCUCAAGCUGACCGACUUUGGCUUUGCCAAGGUAUUACCCAAGUCACGCCGGGAGCUGAGCCAGACCUUCUGCGGCAGUACAGCCUAUGCCGCCCCUGAGGUGCUGCAGGGUAUUCCCCACGACAGCAAGAAGGGUGACAUCUGGAGCAUGGGCGUGGUUCUCUACGUCAUGCUCUGUGCCAGCCUACCUUUUGAUGACACAGACAUCCCCAAGAUGCUGUGGCAGCAGCAGAAGGGGGUGUCCUUCCCCACUCAUCUGGGCAUCUCGACCGAAUGCCAGGACCUGCUCAAGCGGCUCCUGGAACCAGACAUGAUCCUCCGGCCUUCAAUCGAAGAAGUUAGUUGGCACCCAUGGCUAGCAAGCACUUGAUAAAAGCAAUGGCAAGUCCUCCCCAAUAAAGUAGGGGGAGAAAGCAAAUCCAAAACCCGCUUCUAAAAUGGUGAUAUAUAUUUUACACUUUGUUUAGUUAUACUAAAGCUUACCUACACCCUCCCUAGACGACUCUUUCCCUCAUAAGGGCCAAGGAACCAAGGCCUCAUUCCCUUUUGUUAUGGCUGACAAGUGAUUUUCAUACAGGUGUUUAACCAAAGUUAAUUAAAUUAGACCCCAGAAUCAUCCAAACACAGGGGGAGGAGAGGAGAGGAAAAAAAAAAAUGACAAGAGCGAUUGGAACCACUGUUGCUGCAACUUCCUUUCCAAAUAAAAGCAGAAGCGUUGGGAAUGCAGAAAUGGCCUCCUGGCUCCUUGUCUUGGUGAGAAGCCAGUCGGGGCCCCAUCCCUUCUUCAUCCCAGAGACCAAGCUAAGUCUGACAUGGGGUCAAGGGAUUAAUUUCCUUAGGACCCAGACCAAACCCCCAAUGCCUCUGUCUCAGCUUCAAGCAGGAAGCCACUCUGCAGUGUGUGGGUCCUGCCUGGGCUCCAGUGCAGCUGCCUUGGGGGACAGAAACAGAUCCCCAGACACCUUCUGGCUUCUGUUGAAUUUCUUUAAUGCUGUUAACGGCAAUUCUGUAAAAGGUUCAGGACAAAGUUCUUUUUUCUUUCCUUUUUAAUUACAAAACUAACAGCUGUUAGAAUCUUUUUUUUUUCUUUUUUUUUUCCUUUUUUCUUUUCCUGGCUACAAAAUACUCUGGGGAGAUGCAUUAUAAUUUAAAAUAUAUAAUAUUGCACAAACAACCAAAGGGUUAAUUAAACUAAAGAAAUAAUUACAAAGAGAAAAAACCCCAUCCCAUCAAAAAAAAAAAAAAAAA